AGCAAGUGAGACCCUUUCUCUCAUCCUGUGUCUGCUGCACACUUUCUCUUCCUUUUUUUUCCCUUUUCUCUCUCACUGUCUGAGUGAAGAACAUGGCUGACCCAUAUGGUCUCCCGGAGGAUCUCCGGCGACUGAUAUCAUCCAGAACCCAUUUAAACCCUUCCAACACCACACACUUACUGGAGCCACUAUGUCUUCACCACACUCUCAGUGCUGUCACUGUUACCACUCCACCCAACAGCUAUGACCCCAACAUGGUUGGGGACGUUUUCUUCCCUCGUCCCUUCACUCACUUCGCUCAUCAUGACUACUCUUCCACCUCUGCUCUCAACCCCACAACCACUGCUACUGCCUCGGAUCACGCCACUGCCACUGCUGCAUUCUGCAGCAUAGAGACUGCAGAGAAAGGGUGGUUUGCCUUUGACUCCGGGAACAACAGGUGGCCUAGACAGGAGACUCUCUCGCUUCUUGAGAUCAGAUCUCGUCUUGAUUCCAAGUUCAGAGAGAAUAAUCAGAAAGCACCCUUGUGGAAUGAGAUUUCUAGGUGUGUUAUCUUCGCGUUUAGGAUAAUGGCUGAGGAAUUUGGGUACCAAAGAAGUGGAAAGAAAUGCAAAGAGAAGUUUGAGAAUUUGUACAAGUAUUACAAGAAGACCAAGGAAGGUAAAGCUAGUAGACAAGAUGGGAAGCACUACAGGUUCUUCAGGCAGCUUGAAGCAAUAUGUGGAGAUCAAUCGAACACUACUCAUGCCUCACCUUCAGAUAAAACCAAUCGUGCUGGUGGAAACACUGCUAGUAUUCAAACACCAAACCUCACAAUCAACCAAGACCAUAAUGGUGAAUCUAGCAACAACCCCAAGUGCUCAGAGAGCCUCAGCAUCUCAAACUCAUCUGAAUUGGAGACAUCCUCAUCUGAAAACAACGACGAGGAUCUUUCAGCCAUUGCAUUCAUGAUGAAGCAGUCAAGGGAUGAGAAGCAGAAGGGGUCAGAUCACAGACAAAGUGAUCAUAGGAGGGUGAGAAGAAGCUGGAGAGCCAAAGUGGAGGAGAUUGUGGAUUCUCACAUGAGGAAGAUCUUAGAGACUCAAGAUGCUUGGAUGGAGAGAAUGUUGAGUGUUGUUGAGCAAAGAGAGCAAGAGAUGGCAUCUAAGGAAGAAGAAAGGAAGAGGAAAGAGUCAAUGUGGUUUGACCAACAAGUGCAUGAACUGUGGGCUAAAGAGAAAGCAUGGGUCGAAUCAAGAGAUGCUGCAUUGAUAGAGGUUGUGAGGAAACAUAUUGGGGUAGGGGUAGAAGCAUUGCCAUUCGAUGAAGGUAUACCAAAUAAGAACAAGAGCCAGGGAGAACAUAUUGAUGCCAAUGAAUUUGCCUCUGAUCAUGGAAGUAGUAGGUGGAGUGAAAUGGAGAUUUCAAAUUUGAUACAGCUGAGGACUGGUUUUGAACAAAGAUUCAGGGAAAAUGGGGGCUUGGAGAAUGGGCUUUGGGAUGAAAUAGCAGAAAAACUUGCUUGUUUGGGGUGUGAUAGGAGUGCAAGUGAGUGCAAGCAAAUAUGGGAUGAGAUCAGCAUUUCCCUAAGAAGGACAGUGGAGUGUGAUGGUGUCAAAAGAAGGCCUUGGUAUUUGGGACUUAAGCUGACGGAUGAUGAUGAUCUUUGACACAUUCUUGUUCUAACGCAUGCAGGCAUAUCAGAGAGGUUAAGUGUAUAUCACAUUUGCUUCUGAGUUCUGAGUGUGGAGAAAGGGAAACUUGUGGGAGAAACAAGCUAGGGCGUGAAAGGGUUGUUAAUUUGGAUCGAUGUAGCAAGUUUGGCUCAUUUGCGAAUCACAAGGUAUUCUUAAUUCUAGCUAGCUAGACGCCUAGACCAAGUGUUUAGCUAUAUUUAUAUAUUUAAUAUAACGUAUGAGGACUCAUGCUUCGGUGUAAGAAUUUGACUUUGUGUAAUUUUAUCCAUGCAUCAAAUGCUAGAGUUAAUUAAGUUAUUA